AUGAAUGUUGAGGAAAAUGUGAAACGUGUUUGUAUUGUUGGCGGUGGUGUAUCUGGUUUAUGUUGUGCUCGCGUUCUAUUAGAAUAUGGUGGCUUAGAACCGGUCAUUUUUGAGCAACAAGCUCACACUGGAGGUCAAUGGCAUUAUCAAAAUUCUCUCGAGCCGCCUAUCACAAGUGCCAUCUAUCGCGAUUUAAUAUCAAAUUUACCAUGUGAUGUCAUGCAGUUUAGCGAUUUUCCAUUUAUCGGUCACAAAGAUAGUGAAUUUAUCAGUGCAAAAGAUAUCGAAGGUUACUUACUUCGGUAUGUUGAACAACAUCGAUUAGAAAAAUAUCUAAUAUUGAACACCAAAGUAGAUAAUGUUGAAAAAAAUUCGCAACAGGAAGGGUUUACUGUCACAUACUCAACAAGAACGCAUGCUCCCAAUUCUUUACUAUCGGCCCUAGAAUCAAACUUGGAGUCAAAAAUAGAUUCUUCAACGCGAAUUGUAUGUGAUGUAAGCGAACGUUAUGUAACCUAUCGGGAUCGUUUUGAUGCUAUAUGUAUUUGCAAUGGUCACUUCAGUGAACCACAUAUACCGAAAAUUUGUGGUUAUUCUACAACAACAUUUCCCGUGUAUCAUUCACUUAUUUAUCGUCAGCCAGAAAACUAUCGAAAUCAAACAGUAGUAGUGGUUGGCGCGGCUCACAGUGGUAUUGAUAUAUGUGGUGAAUUAGCACCAUUGUGUAAACGAGUUAUUCUAAGUAUGAAACAAGACGAGGAUUCUGAAAAUACUUUUCAACGGAUUAUUCAGUUGUUAAAAAAAGCUGGGAAAUCCACAUGUGUCGAUUAUCUCAACAAAACGUUUUCGAUCACUUCACCAAUUGAGAAGAUCGAUAAGGAUACGAUUCAUUUUAUGGAUCUCUCAACAGUCAAACCCGAUUCUCUCAUAUUUGCUACGGGUUAUGACUACUCCUAUCCAUUUCUAUCGAAAAAUUUAUCACUGCAAUACGAUAAUCGACGUUUUUUAUAUCCAAUAUAUCACCACAUAUUCGAUGUUAAUUAUCCCCAAGGUACACUGGCGUAUUUAACAAUACCAUUUAACAUUGUUCCCAUGCCAUUAUGUGAAAUUCAAGCUCAUCUGAUAGCAAGAGUAUUAAAAUGUCGAGUUACAUUACCCCCUACUGACGAAAUGCUGAAUAAAAUUAACCAAGAAGUAACCAGUGAAACAAAUCGAAAUUAUCAUCGUGUCAACAUGGUUAAAUAUAUUCAAAAACUGUUUCUGUUGAUGAACAACGAGUCAGACGAGUAUGCAUUCAAAUUCAAUAUUGAUCAGGACCGAAGAGUACGAAAGCUAAAUAAAAUAACAAAUGCAAUUAUUAUACAACAAACAAUACCCCACAAACAAUAG